AUGGCUCAGAUAGGUCACCUACAGGAAAGCCUGUCCAAACUGAAUUUCGCAUCUUUACUGGAAUUCUGUUCUAAAACUGCUCGGCCAGAUCGAGCUUUGAUGGCCAAACUUGUCGAUGCGUUCGAUAUGAUGACAGCACAAGAAACUGCCUUCUUAGGAGUUCUGAAGAACAUUGUGGACAUUCAUGAACAAGCUACCCAGGAUUUGGCUGCGGAAAAUGAAGCCAUGGGUAAACCUGAUGAGAAGAAAAACGAAUCCGUAGAAAUGGAGAAGAAACCGAGCGAGAAGGAGGGCGAAAAAGCAGAGGAAGGGGACGAGAACGACGAGGAGAUGAUCAGAGAGACGUUGAAGGAGUUGGAACAGGUGUCUCUACAAGCACUGGCAGCAGCUGAAUUGAACGAGAAACUUGUCGAAUCCCUGCAACGUCACAAGAAAAGCGUUACUGAGGCUUCAAAACUCCUCAUGAUAUUCGAAUAUGUAAAUUUUAUAUACGAGAGAACAUCUAUCUUGGAAUUGCGUAAGAACAAAACCGACGAGUUGAAGUCUGCUGCCAGUGCAGCUAUGGCCGAAGUGAAGAAAGCCAAGCAAGAAGUCUCUGCUAAUCGUGCCGAGAUUGUGAAAAAGCAACGGGAAGCAGAAGAGCUGAGGAAAGCGGCGCUCAAAGCUGGUAUCCAAGUCGGUGCUGAAGAAGAAAAGCACAAUGAAGAAAUCACUGCGGCAUUGGCGGCUGUUGUUAACGAUGUCGAACGAAUCCCUCCGAUUCCAGUAGUGGAAGAGCCAGUUGCGCCAGUUGCAGAACCUGAGGAUCCUCUAGAAGUUCGUCGAAGGCAAAUUCGAGAGAACAUCCGCAAGGAAAGGGAACGGUCAGUCAUCUACCUUCAUAAAGUGCGGUAA